UUGUGGCCCAUACCAAAAGAAAACAAAUAAAAACUAAAGAAACUUGCCCUUUCCUUCUCUCACAGACCAUUCUAGGGUUCCUAAAAUUCCCCACUUACCUUUUUCUCUUUCCCUUUUUGUCGAAUUCCAGCUCUCUUUUUUUUCUCUUCAUCAGCUUGAUUCUCCUUUGAAUCUAUCAACAAAUCUCUCACAAUGAUCAUUUCCUAAGAAAUUUUUGAUUUAACAUUAAAUUUUCUUCACUACUACCUUACCUCUUCUUUAGUUUCUCUGCCGACACUUAAAACUUUCUCUUGGGUGAGAUCUCUCUCUCUCUCUCUUUCUCUCUUUUAUGACUAUGUUAAUCCAUCACUGGCUGGUUUAGGGUUCCAAUCUUUACAGAUCUUGUGGCCGAACCAAAAGAAGUUCAAAGAGGAGAAAUGGUGAGAGGAAAGAUAGAGAUGAAAAAAAUAGAAAACGCGACGAGUAGACAAGUGACUUUCUCAAAAAGAAGAAAUGGUUUGUUGAAGAAAGCUUAUGAGCUCUCCGUACUCUGCGAUGCUCAAGUCUCUCUCAUCGUCUUCUCUCAGAGAGGAAGGCUAUACGAAUUUUCUAGCUCUGACAUGCAGAAUACGAUCGAACGUUACCACACGUACAGAAACGAUCAUGAAACCAGCAUCCAGUACUCAGAAAUUUACAUCCAGCAAUUGAAGCAAGAAGCAAGCCACAUGAUCGCAAAGAUUGAACUCCUUGAGUUUCACAAGCGGAAGCUAUUGGGUCAAGAACUUUCUUCUUGUUCUCUUCCAGAACUUCAAGAAAUUGAUAGUCAACUUCAAAGAAGUUUGGGCGAGGUUCGAGCAAGAAAGGCUCAGAUGUUCAAGGAGCAGUUGGAGAAGCAAAAAGCAAAGGGAAAACAACUGUUAGAAGAGAAUGUCCAGUUACAUCAAAAGAAUGUUAUAGAUCCAUGGAGAGGGUCGAUUGAUCAACAAAAGAAAUUCAGAGUUAUAGACCUGAACUUGUAAGAAGCCAGAAAAUAUCGCAAACAACAUUAUAUUGUAUGUUUAUUCAACCAUGCAAAUCUUAAAAUUCUUCGUAAAUCAUGAAGAAUGAUUUGUAAUAUGAUCUUAUGAUUGUAGUUCUUAUACAGUUAAUACGAGAAUAAUACCUAUAA